AUGAGCUCUCUGGGCGCGCCAACCGUCAGGGGCAACGAGGAUGACAAGAUCGAGGAUAUCAUGAGCGACGGAGAUACCGACCCAGGGGACGUCUCCGCCGUCAUCGCACAGCCAGCUCCAGUACCUGAAGGACUUGAGAACGGUAUGGAGACACGUUUGUUCAGAGCGCUGACUAGUGAUUUUCGUAGUACCUUAGCCCAGAGCGUGCUCCCUUUGGAGAAAGAAGUAAAGAAAGUUGCCAACAAGGUCAAGAAUACUGACAAUAUCGUGGCCGCCACGAAGACCGAUUUAGUGAACCUGACCGCCCGUGUCACCGUCAUUGAGGGGCUGGAGCUGACCAAUGACCUCAAGCAGAUCCUCACCGACUGUCACAUCACGGGGGUGAAGAAGGUCUUUCCUGUGGGCAGCUAUGCAGACCGUGUCAAUAUUGAAUUCGAGACGAGCCAGAAGAUGCGGGAUUGCUUGGUCGCUAUGAAGGGCAAGAAAUUUGCUUCCACGUUUGCGCAUGAGAACAGGCCACGGGACGCACGGGACCCUGCCAAGAGGCAGUUGUGGCACACGAUCGACAAAUAUCCUGAGGAGUUGACCUGCCAGAACCGAGCCACACACGCCAAAGACCUUCUCAAAACAGCUAUUAGUAAGAAAUGGCAAAUUCUCUCAGAACCCGAGCUGAUGCAGAUGAUUGACGCGUCCAGGGAUAUGGGCUCAGCGGUGCUGCUCCGCAAAUUCCUGCCCGCCGACGUCUUUCCGAGGAAUCCGUUGAAGAUCCCGAUGCGUAAUUUCCCCACCUACAACCUGAAGGUGAUGCCUGAGGCUCAGGAAUGGUUGAGGUCGCAGGGAGUGGAGAUAGAUAUGUCCCAGCACAUGGACGAGAUCAAUGCUCUCAGGCAGACCAACAACACCGCGGAGCUGACCGCGGCUAUCGAGAUGGGACUCUGGCUAUUGGGGCAGCACCUACCGACAGGUUUCUUCGUUCCUUCCCUGGGCUCGUUUACCGCCCUGAUGGGCAGGAUCGCCUCGACUUGCGGCGAGAAAAUCCCCGCGGGGCCCCCGAACGUUCCCAAGGAUCAUCCUCUGAGUUACAGGACCCAGCAGUAUCUGCAAGCGCGGAACACCGAGCAGGGCCCGACGCUCAGACAGGCCAUGAGCUUGCAGCUGGCCCCGCUGAUGCGCCAGUUCGCUUUUUUAAAGCAAUAUAUUCGUGCGGCCUAUUUCGUGCAGCAUCGUAAAGUCGACCGUUUCCGUGGACAGAAUAAGGUGCAGGCACUGAAGGUCACGCUGCUAGCCAAAUUCUAUGGAGCUUGCAGGGCCAAGGAUUUCCGCCCGAUCGCUCUGCUGUCUUGCGUGAUUAAGCUGUAUUCCAUGUGCCUGAGCGAGCUGAUAGAGCUCGAUCAGAUGCCCUUGUCGAAGCUCUCGUUUGCGUUCCGCAAGAGCUACCAGGUGCACGAGAUCGUAGCCACAAACCGCCUGUUGAUUGAGAGAGCCGUGGAAUUCCGUGAACCUUUGUUCCUGGGGAUGCUGAGAGCAAUGUGGACGGAGUGGCACCGUAUCUUACGCCAGCGCUUUGCUUGCACGGUCUUGCUCAGCGACUGUUUCUGGCUCACGACCGCCAAGGACUCGGCGGCGACGCUGCGCUUGGAAGAAGGCCUCGCCCCCCGUCUCGGUCGCUCCGAGGGAUUUCGUCAGCUGGGGGCGUGGAUCACCCUGGAUAGCUGCGCUUCCUCGGCGGUCAGCAGAGGCAUCACGGGAGCCUGGACAGCCUUCAGCACACAUCGUGGAAUCCUCUGCAGCAAGCGCAGCCCCAUCUCGAAGCGUCUCGGCCUCUUGGAUACGAUCGUGCGGCAGGCCUCCUUCUUCUGCUUCGGAAGUUUGAAUUUCACAAGAGCUCAUCUCAGCCGUAUCCGUGCAGUGCUGUAUCGCAUGAUUCGCCAUAUGUUAGGCAUCCGCAAGCCAGAUGAGGAAUCCAUGGCAGAUUAUAUGAGACGGGUUUACCGCAAAAUCCACGAGUUGAUGAUGAACGCCAAAACCAUGCCCUGGGACCAGUACGUUUUGACCCUCGGACACCGCUGGGCGGGCCAUGUUGCCCGUAUGAAAGUAUACGAACCCGACCGCAUCGUGUAUAAAGCCCUGGGGUACAAAGAUUACAGAUAUCUCAAGCACCUCGAGGGGCGGCUCGAGAAGUUCCAGAUGGACGGGAAGCCGAAGGUGGCCCUGUCGAGCCAGGACAUGGCGAAGAUCGAGAGCGGGGCGCUCUGGACGAGCGUGUCGGAGGAGGAGGGUGUCGGCAAGGGUAUCGGCAUCCAGGACAUUGCCGCGCCCCCAGACGUCAUCUUCGGCCAGAUCGCCGACCUGAGGGGUUACGUCGGCAAGGUUCCGACUCUGAGGAGCCUCAGCGUCUACUCGAAAGCCACGGCUGGGGGGCCGAGGUCGCCGGAAGUAGUGGAGAAGGCGAGCUACUUGGUGCGUCUUCUGCCCGGCUACAGCCUCGAGUACUACGUGGAGCACAUCGCGGCGCAGUCAAAGAACACCCUGAUGUUCUUUCUGGACUACAGCCGCUACAGCGACAUCGAUCGGAUCUGA